CUGUGAUGGCGGCAGGGCAGGGCAGGGCAGGGGCGAGAAAGAAGAAGACAAGGGGCCAAGGGGAAGCCAAUAAAAAGUCCGUCCCACCGCCAAAGAUAGAUAGGGAGUGAUCGAGAAGAUCUCACAGAGGAAUUUCAGUGUCCCCACCCCACCACUUGAAUCCCACUCUCUCUCUCUCUCUCAUUCUCUUCCCUUCCCUUCCCUUCCUUGCAGAGCUCGCUCGUUCUCUCUCUCCCUCCCCUUUCCUUCCUCUUCUCUGAGUUUCUCCUCCCUCCCUGCCUCCCUCGUAUAUGUAACCAUCCAUGUCACUCUCCUAGGCACAAUAAAAACUCGCAAGUAAGGGAAGAGAAGAGAAAAGAAAGAGAAGUUCCCCUGCCACUACUAGUGGAUCGAUAGGCCCUGCUGGUGCAUAGGUUUUGGAAGCGCUUGAGAUAGCUAGCAUGGUGGGGAGCGGAGAGGAGUAAUUAAGAGACCAAGGAUAGAGACAGGGCACUCUAGUGCACUAGCUCUGCGCGAGGAGAGAAGAUAGACAGCAGCAGAGAGACCUCAGCUCAGCUCAGCAUCGAGGCCGCGAAGGAGACUUUUGUUCGCGUCUUCCUUUUUAUCCGCUGCUGGCUGCUGCUGCUGUAACGAAAUCUAGGCUCUAUCUACAGCGGCGCAGCUCAAUUUUAAAUCUCCUCUCCGCAGCUGCGAAGUUCCGAGCCUAUAAGUGUGGCUUCGGGACGGCGCUUCCCAUCCGACACUGGCGCCUUCGCGGAUUGGGUCGCUUCCUCCGCCGCCGACGCCGCUGGCCGCGGGGACGACCUCUCCCUCGGCUUCAAUGCCAGCGCAGCCGCGGCGGCCGCGACCGCCUCCGGCGCCUCGCUGGGCGCGGGGCUCUGGGGCCCCGUCUCCUCCGCCGCGUCCAUGCGCCAGGCGGCCGCGCUGAACUACGGGAUGGCCGACGUCGGGAUGGUCGUCGUCGCGCCCGCGGCCUCCUUCCACCACACGCAUCACCACCACCACCACCACGAGGCCGCGGCGGCAGCGGCGGCGGCGGCCGCCGACCCCAUCUUCCCGUGGCUCUCCGCUGGCCCCUGCGUCCUUGAUCCGGACACAGCCAAGUCGGGUUCGGGGGCGCCGGCCAGCAGCGCCAUCCAAUUCUGGCAGUCGCAGCCGCCGACACAGUCGCCGUCGUCUGCAGUGGGUGCUAACCCUAACCCUAGCGCCAGCCCCUUCGCCUACCUCAAGAAGCCCCUCCCGAUGCUGGACACCGGCGGCGGGCCGUCCGGCUCCGGCGUGACUACGUGCCAGGACUGCGGCAACCAAGCGAAGAAGGACUGCGGCCACAACCGGUGCCGCACAUGCUGCAAGAGCCGCGGCUUCGACUGCUCCACACACGUCAAGAGCACCUGGGUCCCCGCCGCCCGUCGACGCGAGCGCCAGCAGCUCGCCGGCUCCGGCUCCGCCACAUCCUCCCCCGCCACUGCCGCCGCAGCGGCCGUCGCGUCCGCCACCACCUCGAAGAAGCCCCGCCUCCUCUCGUCGCAGACCACCAACUCACACACAUCCACCUCCAACGCCACCACUCCCCGAAGCUUCGACACCACCUCAAGCCACCAGGACGCGUCGUUCAAGGAUAGCCUCCCGAGGCAAGUGCGCGCGCCGGCGGUGUUCAAGUGCGUGCGCGUGACCUCCAUCGACGACGGUGAGGACGAGUACGCGUACCAGGCCAUGGUGACCAUUAACGGCCACGUGUUCAAGGGCUUCCUCUACGACCAGGGCGUCGACGACGGCCGUCACGCGUCCACGAGCAAUGACGACUCAACCGCGGGGGUGCCAAACAUGUCCGAGCUCCACCUUGGAGGAGCGUCAGCUUCUGGCCCCGGUGGUACCGCCGUGAGGGAAGGCGGCUCGUCGAUGGUGCCCACGGAGCUAUACGGCGGCGGAGGCCAGCACUUUCUCGGCGGGCCAAGUUAUGGUAACACCAUGAACUGAGUUCUACACUGGAAGAGUGCAUUUUGUCUGCCAUACAGGAAGCCAUUCGGAGUUUACUUCUCAAAGCACACUUCCUGAAGAGGCAUGAUGAGUUUUUUGUUCUGUGGGGUUUCUACAGACAUGUGCAUCUGAAGAUUUUGAACCUGUUCAUUGUUUUAGUAUUGUUUUGUUCGGUAAGCUGAUUCUGCAUAUAUCCAAAGCAAGUUUCCUCUUCUCCCCAGAAAUAAUCAAUGUUUUCCGAAAUAUGAAUUCCAUUUGAGUGCAUCUUUGGCACAACUGAGAUCUAGAAGUUUCAUUGAGUUACUAGUUACAUCCAGUGUAUCUAUUUUCGAACGGUUAUAGCCAUCCUCCGAAACUUUUGCAAUUUGUGUGUGCUUGUGCUUAUGCUUUCUUUGCUCGUUCAUCAGUUGAAUCUGUUGAAAAACGGAUGAGAUUUUUUGGGCAUGUUAAAAAGUUCUAUCUGGGAUCAGACAAAAAAAAUAGUUCCCAGGUAAGAUGGGUACUAACUGGUCACUUGUUCCAGUACUUGAUGAGCUGCAUGUUUGGCUCCAGCUCAAGGGUUAUAGGCACUUGAUUUUGUCAACAUGCCUUCGAUUAGGUUACAAAAUACUCCAGUGAUCUACUAAUAUUCAUUGAAGGAUACUAAUGUAUCCGUACCUGUUAUGAGGGAUAGUUCAUCAAAUACUGCUGAAAAUGGUUUGGAGAAGCCAUUUCUCUGCAGAUAUAGACAGAUGCCGCGGCCGGCGGGUGCUGCUCGUUGUUACUCUCACAACCAAAACGACACUAUUCUGUUUGUGCUGCUCUUGUUUGGAUGGAAGACACUUUUACGGAACUACGCAAUUAUCUUGGCAUAUUUUUUUUCAGGCAUCUUUGUAUCACCUUUGCUUGCAGUUUACUGCUCUUUCUUAUGAAUAUAUAGUAGGCAUUUAUCUUUACUUUAUUGUAGCAUGCUUCCGCCUUUUGUUUCCCUUUCCGUACAGUUGUGUAGCUUUUUCGGUUCCUUCGAAAUCGUCCGGUUCUGACGAGUGACGGACGGUACAAUUUGCAGUACUCAAAAGCAACGAUGAUGAUCAAACGAUCAUAACUAGAUAAAAAGGUAAGGAGGUUGAAUUUUCACUGUUCCACUGUCAUGCCAGACGCCACCAACGAGGCUUCCUGUGCGUUUCAUCUCUACCUGCUUAUAGGUGAUUACAGAUUACGAAGCAUACAUACCUGAGUGGCUGAGUUCUAUUCUAGAUCGUUGCGGUAUUUUGUUGCCCAAUGCAAGUGCCAACAACUGGAUGAGCGUGUAAACAUUCUCGGUGCAGUGUUUCGUGCCUUGUGGUACCAUGAACCUGAAUCAUUUUUACAUCUUCCCCGUGAAGCUUUACAGAGCGAAGCGAGAUAUUUCUCUACACCAAUGGCAGUGAUGGAAGUUGAGGUGUUGCUGCAAAAGCAUUCCGUGCCAUGCCAUCCUUUCGAUUGUCCUUGCUGGCUUGGAGGCCUAGCUAGGUGCCAUGGAAACCCUAGGCCGUAGGGACAAGCUUUUACAAGAUGGAGAUGUGUGCUGGGUUGUGGUACAGAACACAGGUCCCGUCACGAGUAUCACCUUUUGUCACCCACGUUCCGUCGUCGUAGCAGCGGACGUGUUGAGACGUGUAACAGCGGUGAAACUAGCGUGCCAUUGAACAGGGAAAAUGCAUGCGUUUGCUGCAGGACAAGGAGAGGGAGGGAUGGUGUACAGAAUUCAGACAUCGGCACGCAAGCUAGGGCGGACCCACCUUAGAGCUCGAGGGUGCAUAGCAUAUUGAAUAAUUUUUUAUUUUUCAAUCAUCUAUUAUAUACACCGGUCC